UCUAGGGUUUACUUUUAUUUUCAAAACCGGAACAUGAAUCCCGGCGGUGCAAGCAUGAUUGACACGGUCGAUUGCGAGCCCGAGGUGACGCAACACGUGGAGGCUACCAUGUCGGACUGCAUUAAGCUUCCGACCAAACGCAAGGCCGAGACGUCGUCUCCGGUGGAGGAUCCUGUCGAAGACGAAGGAAGCCCUGAUGAAGAGGAGGAAAAAGACAGCGGAGAAAGCGACCAGGUUUGGGGUGUCGACAGUUUCGAUUCAGAUUACGUGUCGCCAGAGGAGUCGCCUUCGGACUCGGACGAAUUUGAGCUGCGUCGUUAUUUGCGCCAUCUCUAUGAGAGCAACGGUUUCUUGCUGGAUAAAGAGAUGAUGCCUAAGAAUCUGUUUCAAGGGUAUCGCCGUUUGAAUCUGGAUGCCGUAUUCAAAGGUCCCAAUAUCACGGCGCGUGAGUACAUGGAGACUAUGGCUCAAGUUGCUAUUGACAAAUACAACCAAACUGAGAAUAAGACUGUGACGCUUGACCAUAUCGUGAGGGUGGUGAUAAUGAUGAUCGCUGGAGUCAAAGCUUAUAUUACUUUCAUGGCUAGGGAGACUCCUGAUGGAGAGCUUGUCGAGUAUCAAGCUAAGGCUGAGAUUAAGGCGUGGCAGACUAAAAUUCAUCCCAUCCUUUGCAGACCUACCUCCUCCUCUUCCUCCUCCUAAAGAUCGUCUUUGACUUGCGUUUCCUUAUUAGAUAUAUUCCCUCUCGGGGAUCGAUGUAUUUAGCUUCCUCUAAUCUGGUAUACUCUCAGUUCCUAGUGACUGAUAGGUGUUUCUUCGUUUUCUAAUUUAUGACUCUUGGCGUUUUCUCGAGCUUGCUUCCCUCGCGAGGAAAGUUUUAAGAAAGGCUAAUUAUGUUUGAGACCUAUAUAAGUAAUUUGAGUUUGUGUAAUGGAUUUAAGCUAUUUAAGAGCUGUAAAACCUUAAUGAUGCUAAGUUAUUAUGACUCCGGUUCGAAUC